AUGGAUGAUUAUAUGAACUACAACAACUUUUAUCAACAGUCCAUACCUGGCUCCGACAUGUACCCGACACCACCAAUCGGCAUAGAGGACCCGAUGGGCAUUCAACCAAAAGCGGUGAGUCACAUCCCAUUUUAUUCCAAUCACAAUCAUGUGGGAUUAGACGAAAUUGGAAUGAAAGGAUGGAAAGAGAGAGAGGGAGAGCAGUAUAGCUAUAAAUCCAUCACUUGUUUUAAAAAAACUGACAUUGACAUUUUGUGAAAUAUCGUCAAAUUCCCUCCUUUCCUUUCAUCAAAAUCUCAAGAUCCAUGACGUGCGGCUAAUGGAUCUUGCUUGCCGCUUCAUUUUGCUGUUUCUGAGCAACCAAUUUAUUCCUAUUUCCUCUCGAUUCAAACGCACGUACUCGAUUCCGAAUGGAUCCUUUCAUAUGGGCGCUCUUAACUGUGAGUGCUUGCACAUUCCUUCCGGUCUGCGACCUCUUUCAUAACCUUUCACAACACCUUGCUCCAGACAUCUUUUCAAAAAGGCGGUAUCAGCUCAGACGCUGACAAAGAUAUGGAGAACCUAGCCCAAAAACAAGCAUUGUUGACAAAUAUAGGUAGAAUGGAGCGUGAUUUAAAAAUAAAUAAGCGCCGAGGUGCCAUAUUUUGAUGAAAUAGUAUUGUUUUUUGUUUACUUCAACUGGUCACCAAAUUGUUUUUACCGAGCUCCUUUCAACGAGCACUAGUUUGUUGAAACUCUCAGUUUCCGCCGCAUCACGUAAUCACUGAUCGACGGGCGGCUGCGUUUUGCUCCGCUCCGCUCGUUUUCCGGAAAAUUGAUAGGCCGCGAGAAGAAAGUGAGCGGCAUCGGUUACUUGAUUACGUCACGCGGGUCACUCGGACACUAGGCUGUCAGGUGGGGAGAAAAGAGAAGUGCAGAGAUGAAAUUUGAGAGGUGUACGAAAGAGAGAGAGAGAGAGUGGUCACUGGAAAUUUUUGUUGGACCCUGCUGAAGUAAACACCUCCCCAGCAGCUCGUCGACAACACAUCAAACUUAACUAUACACUUGCACGUGAAGAAUGAACAAGAGAAAUGGGAAAAUGAGAAAUGAGGGACCGUUUGAAAAUGAAUGUGAAUUCAGAACGAACCACCACCACCGCCACCAAUUGUGAUCUGCCCGACGGAGGUCGAUCACAUCAAUGUAACUUUGGAGAAGAAUCAACAAUGUGAAUGCAAGGUUAGUUCAAUUUCAGAGUGGGUUUGAGACGUUCAGAGUGUGUAUUUCAGGAUUGCGGAAAACUUUUCAACUCUGUCUGGUAUCUGAAGCAGCAUGCUGUUAAGCACUCAAAUGACAGGCCGUUCAAGUGCAAGUUCUGCUUCAAAACUUACAAAUUCCGCUCGAACUUGUACCAACACAAGUGUCCUGAACGUCAAAAGUCCAUGUUACAACGUCGCCGCGGCGGCAACAUGGCCAAUUCAGCGAAACGAAACGAGACUCAGAUAAUAAAGACGAGCAAGAUUGAGACAGCAAUCAUGCAAGAGGAGCCUCAGAUUAACUACAGUAUGCCGAUGCAAAAUUGCUUCUCCGAAACAGAAGACAACGACGCGCCAAUCACCUACGGACUCGUCAUUCAGAACAUUGACCAGAGUCAGAUGCAACAAAUGCCACCGCCGCAAAUGCAGACCCCACAGCAACCACUUCCUCUGCAACCUCAGGAUAUGCAACAACAACAACAACCGCAACACCAACACCAGCAACAGCAGCCAAUGAUGCAGAAUGUAUGAAAAAUAAUCACCAAUUUGCUUUUGUGGUAUUGUGCAGUUAUUGUCUUUUUCAGUUUCAAAACUUUCAAAUGCAACUGCCUCCUGUCGAUCCGCUGAUGAACGACAUGGAGAACUCGUUUGACAAGCAAGCGGAUUUCGACAGUGUACGUGGGCACCAGCUGCCUUCGCAAUAUAUCGAAGACUAUGUUGAGAAGAAUAAACAGAAGGUUAGGGUCACGCGGCGACGUUUUCUUCACUUUUUGUCCUACCCUCCGAGCGCUGACCAGCGAGAAUUGUUCCUUUGUUUCCCCACCAGUCUAUCCCGAUUCCAUGUUUCCCAUUUUCACUUUUGUCCGAAAUUGGUAUGGAACGCCCUGGUUAGUCAUCGUGUCACUCUGUCAGAAAAUGUUUCUGAUUACGGUCGAAUACUACUCUCCCUUCUCGUUCUUUUCUCAGUCCCAAGACGGGGUUCCAGGCAGCACGGGCGCUCACUUAUUGUCCGUUCCGCGACUAAAAUUGGGAAAAAAACGAACGCGAUUCCAUUCUUUUCUCACUUCCAUGACUGGGCGUUGUAGUACGCUUGAAAGACACGUCAUGUUUUGAAACCUGUCAAGUCACGAAAAUGAGAAAAAAAAACGGAGAAGGGACCGAGAAAACGUUUCGCAUGACUCACGAGACAAAGGCCGACACGAUGUUUCAUACUUUUCCACCUGUCGGGAAAAUUUCUCUAGAGGGUCCGACUCAUCGGUGUCCGCGACUGGCACAGUGACCCAGAGAACUGCGGCAUUUUCUUUAUGGCGCAUGCCAACCAAAUUGGGGAACCGGGGGACGGACGCACUAGCACCCCAAGUAAUGAAAACAGCGGGAAGAACACAGAGUGCUCCUUCCACUCGAAUACAAUCUAGAGCUAACCUCACGUGCUUGCUUGUUCCUUUGUUGCUCACCAUGAUCCUAUAGAAUAGGGUUACCAAUCCGUCACUUUGUUACAGCUCUUCUCUUGCCGCAAAUGCCGAUUCCUAUCUCCAACUCAAGAAGCUUACAUGCGUCACGCCGCCUCACACAAUGGAGAGGAUCUUUUCCCUUACAAAUGUUCGAACUGUCGUCAAGCGUUUGAAAACGAGAAGGAUCUGAUGAGACACACACAAACGCACACAAUGGACGGAGGCACCUUCAGAUGCUUCGAGUGUUGCGGACAGUUCAAGAGUCAAGUCGCUCUUCGUCGUCACAAGGAUCAAUGCCGCCCGUGCUUCAUUCCGCCAACUCAGAACAACAUUGUGAGAGUGAUAAUUGUUCUUUUAUUUUUUGCUUUAGAUCCAAAAGUUCCAGAUGGUGACUGUCAAUUCACCCUUCGAUCCGUUCUCCUUCAUUCCCGACGACAACUUGUUCCUUCCGAUGUGUGAUGAGCUGGCGAGAGGAGGUACUGACAGUGGAGUUGGAAGCGAAGGAUCGCCGAAUAGCAUGUCUCAGGCUUCACCGGAAAGGUAGGACGAAAAAUUUAUGAAGCAUAGGAAGUCUAAAUUUUCAGAAACGGAAUGGAAGACUCAUUCAGCUAUGUGAAUGGAAAGAAAAAGGACAAGGAAGACGACGAGGACUCUGGAUUCCGCUCGAGACUCAACUCUGUCACCCACUCUUGCUCGCCGGAUUCCUUUUCCGAUUCCCACUGCGACUCUCCACCACGUAAACUCUCCGGAGGAGGUGGGCUCGGAGCUUCUUCCUUUCUGGGAGGCUACGGAACUGGCCCGGCCUAUGGUCAGCAGAUGAUCUACGACAAGAGCCUGGAUGACAUUGAGUGCGACAGCUACGGCAUGAUCAAAGACACUCCACAGAUCUACACGGAGCACAGAUUCUCUCUGCAGACGGCCAAUGUGCAAGAAUGUGGACUUGCUGUGGCUCCGCUUGUCCAAUAUCACAUGCAGCCAAUGUCAAUGAAAGGUACGAAAACAACAUUUCAGAAGGUAAUCCAAUGCAUACACAUUAUCGUUAAGAAUUCUGCAUCACCACUCCGUCAUCAACUUUCGAAGCGGAAAGCUCUGACUUUUUUGAUUACAACAACGGCUCCUGGAAGAACGAGGGCUAUGACCAUCCCGCUGUCGAAACUUCAGAAAUCAAGUAAGUUUGCUGUUUAUACAAAGCUAUAAAUAGGAGAAAUGCUCGAAAUAACCCCUUAUUUCCUCUUACUUUCAACAAGCGGAAAACAAUUUCUGUUUUUGUAGAGAACUCGCCGCCGUGUUGAUGACCAUGUACUUGUGCAAAGCUGCUGACCAAUGCAAGUGACAACAAACAUCAAGUCGCAGAAAAUCAUUAUUACUUUUUCAGGUGCUGAAAUCCUCUCCACGCUUGCUGCUCUUUCGCUCCACUAA